AUGAUAAGAUUUGAAUAAAUAAAAUCAACACUCCUCUCUCUCUCUCUCUUGCUAGCAGUAUACGCAAUCUUUCUCUCUCUAAAUUACCCAAUUUUGAUCUCAAACACUCCAUUGUUUCAAGGAAUCAUGCUCUCUCAAGUAUGCAUACAGUAUACAGAUGCAUGCAUAUGAGAGAGAUUGUUUCUGGAUCAAUAUGGGGGAAACUGUUUUACCCAGAAAUAAUUAUUAGAUGUUUUAGUUAAUUGAUCAGUUUUGUAAAAAAAAUUGGAUUUUUUUUAUUGUAUAUUUGUGUUGGCAGUAGGAAUCUAGGGUUAGACUUUGUUUUUUUAGGGGGGGGAUAUUGGGUCAGAUUUGGUUCAAAUAAAGAAAUGGAUUUGCACAGCUAUCCUCAUGGUGAACAUGGAAGGUUUGAGCAAAUAUUCAAUCAGUUUCUUCUAAAGAGCUUGCACAUUAUUUUGGAUUCAAGGGUUCCAAUGAACCGGCCGCCUAGCCGGGGAGGCGAAAUAAGAAAGAGCGACAGAUGGUUUAAUUUAGUGCUGGGGGAUCGCCCUGCAGCUAUGGAUAGCUUAAGUUUUUGGAAUAGAAGUUUGAUGGAACCUAUGGUGAUUGAUAUUAUACUCGUGCAAGAGUCAAGUUACUCUUUGUCAGAGCACGAUUCUCGCUCCACUCUGGCCACGGAGAUGCCUGCUGAGACAGUUAUAGAGAGGUGGGUGGUUCAGUAUGAGCAUCAGAGGUCAAUGGCUCCUCAAAUCGGUGAUGCCUUUUAUAAGAAGACAUACAAGAAAUCAAUAAUCCUAUUGCGCUCGGUUUAUUCAAUGCUGAGACUCCUUCCUGCAUAUAAGGCCUUCCGGAAACAACAGUCAUUUAAACAGAAUUGUGGCUUUGAGAUCAAUUACAAGAUCUGCUCCUUCGGUUCUCCAUUGUUGAGAUCAGAGGAAGAAUCAAUGAAGAACUAUUCUUUUAUUCCUAUUGACGCCCAACAAGGUCGCCUAUCUGUAUCUGUGAUGUACCGUAAAGAUCUAUCUGACUUUAAUCUAGAUUCUUGUGUAUCGCACCCUAUUGAGAUCAUUUCGGAUUACGUAGGUAGCCCUCUUACUGACCCUAUGAGGGCAUUUCCUUGUACCUCUUCUGAGAAGGGUCAUUCUAUAUCCUUCCAGACAAGAGGGAGGCAAUCAGCUCCUCCAUCACCAUUUCAACGGCCUCACAGCUGGUCCAGUGGUCUCCAAAGGGAGCUUUCAUCACAACAGAGCCAACCAUAUAGUGCAUCUCCACCAUUAUAUCGCUCACCGUACGAGUAUUCAUCUUCUCCUACUGAGGCAUACAUCCAAAGAAAUCAAAACCAAAGGUUCACUGCUAAUCAGAAAGCACCCUGUGAUGAAAUACUCUCUCCUCCAUUCUCAUCAUCUCCUUCUCCAUCUCCCCCUACAAAGAGCGUAAUUCCUUUUCAUAAUCGGCGUCAUCCAGAAACUGCUCCAAUGAGUAUUCCUCAUCCGAUGAUAGCUAGAAGUCCUAGAUACCUUUCUCCCAAUUUGUCCGACCCGAAUAGGAAUUCUCUUCCACCCCUAUCCCCGAGAAACACCAAGUACGACUCGUCAUCUCAUGAAUCACCAUCUGGAAUAAGGUCAAUAAGGAGACUAGAUUCAACCAGAACUGGAGAAAUGAGCAACACUCCAACUAAUGCUGGUCCUAAGUUGUCUCGAGACUCAAAAGAGGACUCUGGACGGUUUUCAAGUUUGCUGUCUUCAAGUAGUUCUCCACGUGUUGGGUUAUCGAGGACCUCUAGUCGAUUGUCUUUCCAGGAUGACUUUGGUGAUUGUGACUGUCCAUUUAUUGUUGAUGACGUAGAUCCUCCUGAUAACCAAACAAGUUCAAAUCUCGGUGCAAGAAACUGUUCAGAAGUUUCUUCACUAGCACCCUCAACAAUGAAGAAAUCGCAGGAUGCUGCUGUUGGUGCCCUCGUUCACAUGCUGAAGACAGCUCCGCCUCUCCGCCAAGAAUCCUGCUACUACAACACUCAGUCAUCUAAGACUGAGUUCGAGGGAGAAGUUGGAGCUGCUUCCGAGUUUUUCAAGCCUCGAAAAGCAUCAGAUGCCUUUGAAGAACUCAAGGUUUACAGACAAAUGAAAGAUUUGCUACUUUCCAAGAGCUCAGCUCAUCUGGUCAGCAAGGAAAAAACCGAGUUCUAACCACCUUUGUGUUGUAUCAUUAUUUUCUAGCGUGUGCGUUGCAGGUGUUCAAUCUAGUACUCUCGAGUUUUGAAUCCUGGCAUGAGUCGGAGCCAGGAUAGAUUUCUUGCGAGGUGUAUUUGAUUUUCCAAGAUUUGGAUGUGGCAUGGCACUUGGAUUAUUGGAUUGGAGUUUUUCAAUAGAUCAUGAAAAUAUAGUGGUGCAAUAAUUUUCAACUUUAUAAAUGUUCAAAAUUGCAAGUAUUCAUAGAAUCACAUAUGUAAAUGCAGCCAAUUUGGCAAGUUGUGUGACAUAAUUUACUAACAAUAUUGAAAAACAAUGAAAAUAUGAUUAAUGCAA